AUGCUUGAAGGUUGCGAUUCUUUUUUGAGCAGUGACCUACAGGCUAUACUGGCUACUAAAGUCGGUCGAUUUCACUUGAUGAUUGACGAUGUGUCAAUCAUCAAAGUUGAGUUGGCUGGAAAAAAUGCAGAGGAUGAUUCCCCUACACCUUCAAUUGGUCAACAAUAUUCUCCAAGCCAGAAUGGGGCCUUUGAUUUGACGAAGAUGAAGAAAACUUCAGAUGCUUAUCUUGGGAAAUCAGUUUCAAAGGCCGUGGCUACUGUUCCCGCUUAUUUUAAUGAUACUCAAAGACAAGCAACUAAAGAUGCUAGGAGAAUUGCAGGACUAGAUGCUCAAAGAUAUAUAAAUGAACCCACCGCUGUUGCUGCUCUUUUUUAUGGGAUGACAAAUAGGGAAGGUUUUAAUGCAAUUUUUCAUCUUGGUGGUGGAACUUUUGAUGUCUCUAUUAGGGGUGGCAAAAACUGGCCCGAUCCGAAAACCCGACACGAAUCCGACCCAAAAUUAGUGGGUUAG